AUGAGCAGCAUCAGCACAAUGGAAGAAAGGGAUUCAUUUCCUGUGGUCCUACCUGGGUUCAGAUUCUACCCCACUGAAGAGGUGCUGGUGAGCUACUACUUGAAGAAGAAGAUAGAGGGCAAGGACUCUAACUUCAGCCACAUCAUCCCUGAAAUCGAUGUCUGCAAGCACGAGCCUUGUGAUGUUCCUGGUAACCCAUUAAUCUUUCUCACUUCUUCUUCACUACCCAUUUCCUCAUUUCUACUGGUACUAUGCUUUUGUUUAUAUAAAUUUAUGAUCAUGAUCACUUCUGUUGUCGGAUAG